AUGCUGGUCGAGUCGGACUACGACGAGAAGCAACCCGUCACGAACAUACUCCCAGACGAAGCCAUGGACGACGCAGAGCCAAGCCCCGAAUCGGAACCGCUCGCCGAUGACUUUGAGGGUAUGAUAGCCCGGCAUAUGCCCCCAUUGCCGGAUCUAGAGGUAGAGACAGAGGCGAUAAAUACCUGGGAGAUCAAGGACUGGCGCACAAUGAGGCGAAGGGAGCAAGGGCCGAUCUUCAAGGCCGGCGAGCACCCGUGGAGGGUUCUCUUCUUCCCCUAUGGCAACAAUGUUGACUACGCCUCCUUCUAUCUCGAGCACGGUUUUGAAGACCAGCCUCCGGAAGGGUGGUAUGCCUGUGUACAGUUCAUGCUGGCCCUAUGGAAUCCCAGCGAUCCCUCAAUGGUCUGCGUACACGAAGCACGGCACCGGUUCACAGCGGAGGAAGGCGACUGGGGCUUCACGAGAUUCGCCGAACUACGCAAACUCUUCCAUCAGCCUUGGAACGACUCUGGGCGGCCCAUGGUAGAAAACAACCGGGCCAAUGUCACCGCAUACGUGAGGGUGUACAAAGAUCCAACGGGCGUUCUAUGGCACAACUUCAUAAACUACGACUCGAAGAAGGAGACUGGCAUGGUUGGCUUGAAGAACCAGGGCGCAACAUGCUAUCUUAACUCUCUCCUUCAGUCGCUCUACUUCACAAACACUUUCCGCAAGGCUGUCUAUCAGAUACCCACGGAGAACGAAAGCGAUGUGCGCGCGAACAGUGCCUACGCUUUACAACGGCUCUUCUAUCAGCUACAAAGAAGCGAUGUCGCUGUCUCUACCAACGAACUCACUUCUUCCUUCGGUUGGGACUCGAGGCAAAUAUUUGAGCAGCAGGAUGUGCAAGAGCUGUCGCGAUUACUUCUCGAAAGGAUGGAGGAAAAGAUGAAAGGCACAGGAGCCGAGCAUGCAAUGGCUGAUCUGUUCGCUGGCAAAACCAAGACCUACAUAUCCUGCAUCAACGUGCCCUACGAAUCCUCUCGAAUAGAAGAUUACUGGGACAUCUCGCUUACGGUGCUUGGCCGAAAAAACAUUGAGGACAGCCUUAAUGAGUUCACCGAGGUUGAAACGCUGGAAGGCGACAAUAAGUACUUCGCCGAAGGCUACGGACUCCAGGACGCCAAGAAAGGGACCAUCUUCGAGUCCUUUCCUCAGGUGCUGCACAUACAGCUCAAGCGCUUCAUGUACGAUAUACAACGCGAUGCCAUGAUGAAGGUGAACGACCGCUACGAGUUUCCGGAGACAUUCGACGCCUCGCCUUGGUUAUCAGAGACUGCCGAUAAAUCGGAACCGUACGUCUACCGGCUUCAUGGUGUCCUCGUGCAUAGCGGAGAUCUAAACGCUGGCCACUACUACGCUUUCCUCAAGCCGACGAAAGAUGGUCCGUUCUACAAGUUUGAUGACGAUAGGGUGACGCGUGCGACUAUGCGUGAGGUCCUAGAGGAGAACUUCGGAGGUGACUAUGGAAACCAGGCCAACGGCAACGCACAGCAGCGAAAUCCGUACACCCGGACGUGGUCUACAAAGAGGUCGAUGAGCGCAUACAUGCUGGUUUACAUUCGCGAAAGCCGGAUUGACAGUAUACUGCCUAACGAAGACGAGGUAGAACCGCCACCUCAUCUCGCGGAGAGAUUUACCGCAGAGCGCGCAGAGCUUCUGAGAAGACAGAAGGAGCGCCAAGAAGCCCAUCUCUACAUUGACGUCCAGGUCGCCAAUCUCUAUAAUUUCACAUCAUACCAAGGCUUCGACAUUGUCCCAUGGAAGCAGCAAGAGCCAGAAGAUCCCUCGACGCCGCGAACCUUCCACGUCCUCCGAGAUAUGAAAUUGGCAGAUUUCAUCAAAGAAGUCGCUGAAGACAUGGGCGCAGAGCCGGAUAUGCUUCGACCAUGGGCUAUGGUAAACAGGCAAAACGGCACGACACGGCCGGACACAGCGCUCAUCUUCCCCGACAUGAGCAUUGAAGAAGCCGCCAACAAGUACGGGACGAAAACCACUAACUUCCGAAUCUGGAUCGAGCAGACAGAGGAGCGAGACGCCGAUGGCAAGCCGGUGUGGGGUGACAGUCGAGUUGACCUCCAAGGUGUACCUAACAACAGACCCAUCAUGCUGUUCCUCAAACAUUUCGACGCAAGAGCUCAAACACUACUCGGAGCUGGAAGCUUCUAUGCAGCAUGGCAGGACAAGGUCUCAGAUCUAUCUCCGCAGAUACUGAAGCUCAUGGGAUGGCCUUCAGGAACAGAGUUCAGGCUCUUCGAGGAAAUCAAGCAGAAUAUGAUCGAAAAAAUGAAGCCCAAAUCCACUUUGGCAGGGUCCGAGCUGCAAGAUGGCGACAUCAUCACAGUCCAGAGGGUCUUAUCCGACAAAGAGACCAGCGUCAUAUCGGCCAACGGCAACUACACCAACGUCCAAGACUUCUACGAUUACCUCUUGAACCGGGUUUCGGUGACGUUCGCACCGAAAGUCACCACCGCGAAUGACGACGCGAAAUUCGUGCUUACUCUGAGCAAGAAGAUGUCCUACGACCAGUUCGCGGAGAAGGUCGGUGAGCAUCUUCGGGUCGACCCGACACACCUGCGCUUCAGCACCGUCAACUACAACUCGGGAAGGGCCAAGGCACCAGUGCGGCGAACGCAGAACCAAACACUGGGCCACAUCCUGCAGGGAGCCUUUACAAACUUCGGCGCCAACCAGACUCAGCGAACCGAUUGUCUGAUCUACGAGGUUCUGGAACUCAGCCUCACCGAACUCGAAUCUCGGAAGAACGUAAAAGUGCACUGGCUGCCCGAAGGCAUCACCAAACAGGAGCCCUACGACAUCCUCGUCCCCAAGAACGGCACCAUGGCCGACGUGUUGGACUCGCUGCAAAAGAAAGCAAAUCUCAGCGACGAGACGAUGCAACGUCUCCGCAUCUACGAAGCGCACGGCGGGAAAUUCUACAAGGAGCUUCCGCCUACCUUCGGCGUCGUCUCCAUCAACGAGUUCGUGACCAUCUAUGUCGAGAAGAUCCCGGACGAGGAGGUCAGCAGGGAUGAGGAGACGGAAAAGCUGGUCUCGGCGUAUCAUUUUGAUCGGGAGAGCAACAAGCCGCAUAACAUCCCGUUUUUGUUCCUGGUUAAGCAGGACGAGGUGUUCAAAGACACGAAAGAGCGACUCUCGAAAAGGACGGGGAUUAAGGGGAAGCAGUUCGAGAAGAUCAAGUUCGCGGUCAUCACACGCGCGAAUUACUCGAAGCCGGAAUACCUCAGCGAUGGCAAGCACAACCCUCAACAUGACGUCCUCUCCGAGAAACUCGUCUCGAAAGACGAUCUCCUCGGCCUCGACCACGCGGACAAGGCCAAGAAUAACUGGGGCCGUACCGAGGCGAUCAUGAUCAAAUGA